AUGAAAGAUGGGAGUUCGCAUGGUAAAUUACAGAAAGAAGACAUGCUUGGAAAGAGCCGAGCAUCAUCAUGGUACUAAUAACUAAAUAAUAAUAAUAAAUAAUAACAAGAUGAUUACCUUCUUCAACGCUUUCAAGAUGGAAAGCUUAUUAUGAUCAACAUUCCGUUAUCUACAGCCGGAGGUGGUCAUUAUCCAUUAUUUUUGGAAGUCGAUGCUGUCUCUUAUCCAGAUAUUUCUAACCACUCCCGAUUCAAAAGUACGUCUCCUCGUAAACUAGGGACAUUGUGGCUUUUCGGUGAUUCAAAUGCUGAGAGAUUAUACGUAUCAUUGAAGGAUGGGCCGCUGUGCAAUGAAGUUUUCAAAAUUUGUAAUUUAAGUAAAAUGUGGGUGUACCCGUGGCCGAGCAUACAGCCAGUAGCCUGGGACGACAAGGAUUUUGAACCCCAGCAAAUCUUAGAUCACAUCCGAGAAGUCCUGGAACGACCUGAGAUGAACGAAAACAGCGCAAUGAUUCUGAAUUUGGGUCUGCAUUACAUGGAGAGCACAAGCUUAGCCAACUAUCGGAUUCUGCUAAAAGGAGUGAUAGAUCUUUUAAACGAAAGGAACAAGGGAAAUGGUGAAUUAAGGUACAAGACUCGCGUUAUUUGGAAAACCACAACUUCAAUGAAUAAAGAGAAAGACAUUGAAAGUCGACUAAAGAGUGACUGGCAGCGAUUUCUGAACCCAACGAGAGUGAUACUAUACAAUACCUUUGCCACUUCCCUUAUGUGCCAGGCUAACCUCGAGGUCCUCGAUGUUUACCCAUUUACCAGGUCCUACCCAGAAGGGACCGGAGGACCCGAGGUAGCACAUUACAAGGAACACGAUACCGUUCAUUUUAAGUACAUUGCCAUGAAGCCAAUUGAUAUCUUUUUGGAAGAUUACUUUCGAGGCAAAGUAUCGCAUUCCAUAAAUUUAACGAAUUACGAAUUUUCUUAAUUAAU